AUGGCUUCUUCAAAACUCAGAAAACCAUGUUCCUUCACAGUCCUCAUUCUCUCUUCUCUAAACUUCACACUUUUCAUCCUUUCCGCCGCAUCAUUUGCACCAACCAUUCUCCUCAAAAUGCCACCAACUUCAUUCGGCACGGCCUUCCUAAUGGUUUCCACCAUCUCACUCUUCUCAUCCUUCGUCGGUUUCUAUUCCCACCUCACACACUUAUGUUUCCUCACUCACAUUUCCCUUACACUAGCCUCACUCACAGGACAAAUCCUCACCAUAUUCGCCUUAUUCACCAAAGAGAAAGCGAGCCUCAAGAUGCUAAACUCGUCAAGGGACCCAAAAGAAGCUAAACUUUUGGUAAGACUUGAAUGUGGGGCGUUGAUGGCUAUGUGUUUGUUGCAAUUUGUUGUGUUGGUGUUGAGUUGUCUAGUGCAUAGUUGUGUGGUGAAGAGUUACGAGGAGCUUGAAGCAGAGAAAGAGGCUAUUGCGAGGAAGAGAAGUAGAAGGAUUGCAAAAGUGCAAGAGGAAUCGACUGCGAAUGUAGGUAAGAUUGGUGAGGUUAAAGAUAAGGAGUUUGAUGAGAAAAUGAAAAGCAAAUAUGGACAGUGCCAGUGGGUGAAGACUGAUUUUGAACCAUGA